GUGUUAUUACCUUUUUUGUUUAUUAAACUUUGAGCAGCAUGGAACUAAGUGAGGACCUAACUAUUAUCAGCCCCAUACGAACACUGUUUAAAAAUGCAAUAAACGUAAAUAAGGAAAGCAUACUGUCACAAAUUAACCCGAGUUCCUUUGUUCCGUAUAUAUAUGCCAUCUUAUUUGCCCUUGGAGCUGUUCUUCUCUUCGUAAAACGUCUCCCACAGAAAAAAAAUGAUGAAAUACCACAGUUCCCGCAAAAUAAAGAAUCAUACAAAGAAAUCGCCCUUGAACAAGGACUAAUUGAAAAGUCAGAAGAAUUGAAAAAAUACGCAUGGAAUAACUGGUUUUUGAAACUGCAAACAGACUGGAAAUAUUUCAAUUCGGCUCUCGAGAAUGAAAAACAGACAUGGUUUGAUGAAAAAGAAAAAGAAUGGCAAGAAUGGCUAAAGUCUAUGGAAAACAGAUGGACACAUUAUAACGAAGAUAUGGACACAAAAUUUAAAUCGAAUAUUUUAAGGAAUUCACAAGAUUGGGAUGAAAAUCAAUGGGAAACCUGGAUUAAAAAUGACGGAAAAAAAAUUAUGGAAAUGAAUUACCAUAAAUGGAUUGCUGAAAAUCAUUCUCAUUAUAAUGCUUGGGUUGUAGAAAAAUGGGAAGAAUGGAAGAACGAUAAAAUUAUCACCUGGUUAACAAAAGAUUGGAGACGUAACGAAUUUGAAUAUUGGCAAAAAUUUAAAAAUGUGACCUUACCAGAACCAUUAUUUGAAAGGGUAAAAAGUAACUGGAAUAAAUGGGUUAAAAGGUUAUCUAAAGAAAAAGAACAGUGGAAAAAAUGGGUUGCUGUAAAAUAUGAGUUAUAUGAAAACAAUGAGUGCAAACAAUGGAAGAAAUGGAAAGAUGAUAGAGAAGUCUUGUUUAACAAUUGGGUAGAAUCAUUUAUCAGCACGUGGAUAACAGAAAAAAAGUGGAACGUCUGGAUUGAAGAGAAAUUAUAUGAAGACGCUUUCUGA